AUUAGAAAUAUCAGUUCAAAUACUGUGGCAGUUUAAUCUGUCUGAGUAGAUGACUUGAUUUCUAUUCAUUACAGCUAGUUUUUUUCUUAUAAAAUCCAAGGAGAAAAGGAUCAAUAAUUGCUGUAGGAUCUAAAGAAAAGCUCAGUAUGGUAGAACUAAGCACAGAACGAAAGAAAAGGGCUUUUUUUUUUACGCAAGGAACUCCUCCUCUUAGCCACUGGGAUAAAAUUGGAGCAGCUUCAUUUUGCAUUGUAGCCGUUUUAUGUUUAUACUUUUUACUAUCCCCUUCGCCAAAUCAUGUAAAUAAGCUUUUGGGAGACGUUGAUGCUCACGACAAACUUAAGGAACACUCUUUAGAAUUUUCAGAACCAAUAAUAUACAAGGUAAUUUCUUUGUGUUGUUAUUGUUUGUGAAUGAAUAAAUAGCUAAAUAUAACAAAUUAUCCCUAGGUAACAGACAAUAUCUAUAUGGCUAUAGGGUUUGCGUUGGCCAAUUCUAUUCUCAUCAAAGCUCCUCGGGGGAGUAUCAUAAUUGACACGACUGAGAGCAUUGAUUCAGCUGAAAAAAUUCUAGAAGCAUUUUCCAAGACUGUAGAUGUUGGAGAAAUCAAAGCUAUUAUCUACACCCAUAAUCACGCAGAUCACGUGAUGGGAGCUGAAGCAUUUUUACGUAAUUCUUCGAAAAACGUUGAAAUUUGGGCUCACGAAAUGUUAAUUGAUCAGAUGGAACGUUAUUUAGUUACUUCGGACACAAUAUUUCGAAGAGCGAUAAGACAAUUUGGAAUUUUAUUACCUAAACCGUAUCAUAUCAAUUCAGGCAUUGGUCCGGAAGUUCGUAUAGAUGCUACAUUUGGCUACAUUCCUCCAAAUAGACUAUUAAAACGAGAUGAAAGUGACGAAAUCAUAGCUGGUUUAAGAGUUAAGUUGGUACACAUACCUGGCGAGACUCCUGAUCAGAUUGGUGUAUGGGUAGAAGAAUGGAAAGCAUUUUUCUGCGCAGACGACUUUUAUAGAUCAUUUCCCAAUCUUUAUGCCAUAAGAGGAACUCCUAGUAGAGAUGUAAUGAAAUGGGCUAAAUCGUUAGAUAAGAUAAGAGCUCUUAGACCAAAAUACUUGAUACCUAGCCAUACGAAACCAAUUGUUGGCGAGGAAGAAAUUUACAAUCUAUUAACAAAGUAUCGAGACGCCAUUCAAUUAGUACACGAUCAAACAGUUCGUUGGAUGAAUAAAGACAUGCACCCUGAUGAUAUAGCUCGUCGUGUCAAAUUAACGGCAUCACUCAAAACUGAUUGGCUUACAGAAUAUUAUGGUAGCGUGUUUUGGUCAUCUAAAGCGGUCUAUGCUCAUUAUAUAGGCUGGUUUGACGGAGAUAUUUCAAAUCUUGAUCCACUUACCAGAGAUGAAAGGAGCGAGAGGAUCAUUCAAUUAGCCGGGGGUGCAUAUUACGCAAAUUUAGCAGCUAGAAAGGCGUUAGUCAACGAUCUACGGUGGGCUUUAGAAUUGUCUACUCACGUUCUUAACGUUCAUCCCACUGAUACAGAGGCUAAAUCAAUUAGGCUAGAGGCUCUUAAAGCCUUCGCAGCUCGUCAAACAAGCGCCAAUUCUCGAAAUUAUUAUCUAACAACAGCUCUAGAACAAGCCGGGCUUAUAGAUACGCAUAUACCAAAACAAAGGCAAAUAAGCGCCGUUAACUCGAUGAAACCGGCAACUUUGUUCAACUUAUUUAGAUUUAAAUUUAAUAUUGAAGAAUGUGGACAUUUAACUGACAUCGCUGAGUUCUAUUUUCCUGAUUAUAAAGAAUAUAUUUAUGUACAAAUUAGGAACGGAGUUAUACUAGUUGAAAAUUCGAAGGAAAAACAGAAUCACCUGACUGUUAAUUUAACGGUCAAGGUCACAUGGGAGAAGUUUAGAGAGUUCGUUUUGGAACAAAGUUCUCCCAUAGUUACCUGGAUGAAAGGAGAUUUAACUGUAGAUGAAGGCUUAUUUAAACUUCGAAAUUUCAUGAACUGUUUCGAGAAAUCGAAAACAAGUUAAAAAUUGGAAGAAUAUUCAAUAAAACAAAAACAAAUUGUAUAAUAAUAAAGAUGACAAAACAAUGGGGUAACGACGAUUUCAUUUUUUUGAGAGUGUUCUUUUUUUGUACAUAUUUAAAGAUAAGGACUAUUUAGAGUCCUAUUUACAAGGGUCUUGGAAAAAACUCCACGAUUAAAUAAUUGUCUGGCCACAGGAUGAACAGUCCAUAAAGCUCCUUUGGCGUUUGCUGCUUUACCGACUUUGAUAAAUCCUGCAUUGACGCAUAAUUCCCUUCUAACAUUAGCCUUUAGACCAUGAGGUUCAAGGACGUUGAGAAACUUUGGCUGUUUUUCUACGAAAAUCUUGUAGAUGGCAGACAGUGGAAGCGGGUCACGAGACGACAUGAGUAUUUCAGCAAUAACGUUGGAAUAACUCGGUAACUGUCUCCUUCGAGAUAAAGUUGAAGAGUGUUGAUGUUGGUGGUGGUGACCGUUAUGUAGUUCUUUUCCAUGGUAGUUGUUGUUAUUAACGUUACCGAUUGUUGGAGGAGAAUAAGUUAUCGAAUUGUUACUUCGUCCAAUGUCUGGAGGUGAAUGACUGAGCUCUAAAGAUCUUGGCGACACCGAGAACGACUGGUCGCUUCUUUCGUCCUCCUCCUCUUCGGUAAUAUCAUUUCCUUCUCCAACAACAUCGAUUAUCUCCUCUUCUUCGUGUAAUUCUACAGCUGAAUUACUUUUCUUAAUACUCAGAUCCAAGGGCUCCUCUUGAACAAGUUCCGUCGGUUGUAUAUUAUACAUAUCUCCAUAAUAAUAAGAAGAAACAGAGUUGUAGGGAUAUGAGAUGGGGCUAAACAUCCUUAACAGUGUCCAAUCGUUGAAUGACUUGGAAUGCGUCCGUUCGAGUACUUUUAUAAAGGUGAAAAAAAAGCGUUUGAGCGUUUACGGGCAAACAGUUCAUCUAACGCUGGCAUACGGCCAACGAACAAUAGAAAUCGGUUAGAUUAAAUAAAUUAACCGUCACUAAACAAUUCAGAGUUUAGCGUCAGCCAACGCUGACAUUGAAAUUAUUCCGUUGUCUUUAUUGCCUUCUAUUCUCUAAUUGAUUUCGGCCACCCGCCCAAAAAUUUUAUCCACUAUACAGUACCGCCUCUCCCUCCCCCCCCCCCAUUCCACCCCUCCGUCCGCCCCGUCCACGUUCAAAAACAAAAAAUAAAAAAUAAAUAAAAAAUUUUUCCAUGUCCUACAUUUCGUUUUUUUAAACUAAAAACUUGAACAAACUAAAUAAAUUCCAACAAUUCUUAUCUUACUUAUACACAUUUAAAGUGUAUAUUAUAUGAAUAAAUUAUAAUAAUAUACUAAUAAUUAGCAAUAAC